AUGAGUGCUCGCAACCCACCCAGACUUGUGAACUUGGCAGCAAUGAGCCUGUUGAGAGAUGAGGCCUUGGCCAUCUGCUCUUUGGAGUAUCUGCCCAUGGAGCUCUACCCACCGCUAUUCAUGGCCGCCUUCUCUCUCAGACGCAGUGAGACUCUGAUGGCCAUGGUGCAAGCCUGGCCCUUUGCCCGCCUGCCUCUAGGGGGGCUGAUGAAGAAGCUGCACCAAGAAACCUUAGAAGCAGUGCUGGAUGGACUUGAUGUCCUGCUGGCCCAGGAGGUUCACCCCAGGAAGUGCAAACUGCGGGUGCUGGACUUGAGAAAUACUGGCCAGGACUUCUGGAACAUGUGGUCUGGAGACAAGUCCCAUGUGUCCUCAAGUUCACUGAUGGCAUCAGUGGCUAAGAACAUGUCAAGGACAAAGCACUCCUUGGCUCCCUUGGAGAUGUACGUAGAUCUUUGUCUCAAGGAAAAGGCCUGGAGCAAAUGUAUCACCUACCUCUUCUCAUGGGUGGAGCAGCGGAAAGGCUCCAUACACUUAUGCUGUAAGAAGAUGAAAAUUGUUUCAAGAUCCAAAGAAACUAUUAAGAAAGUUUUCCGAAUAGUGAAGCUGGACUAUAUCCAGGAGGUGGAACUGAAUUUCACCCAGAAGCUGUCCACCCUGGCCAAGUUUGCUCCUCUCCUGGGCAAGAUGAGCAAUGUUCAGAGACUCCUCUCCCCCAUUCAUAGGUCUGCUGUUGAGGAACAGGACCAUCAGGCUCUUCUGCAAUUUACCUUUCAGACCCUCAGGCUGCAAUACCUCUGGGAUAUCUGUAUGAAAGCUCCAUCUUUCCUCGAAGGCCGCCUGAACCGGAUUCUCAGAUGCCUGAAGACCCUCUUGGACAACAUCUCUAUGACCAGCUGA